CCAGCUUUGAAUUCUUGUUGGUAGGAGUACUAUUUUAUAGGGCAAACUCUCUAUAAAUGCGCCUAUACCAUUUGAGAUAGAGUCCAAGCACCGUCAUUAACGCACUUUGCAGGGUGAGUCUAUACCAUUUGAGAUAGAGUAAGCACCGCCAUUAACGCACUUUGCAGGGUGAGUCUAUACCAUUUGAGAUAGAGUAAGCACCGCCAUUAACGCACUUUGCAGGGUGAGCUAGACGCGCUAGCUAGCACGUAGCUCGACCCUGCCAGUGCACGCACAGAGAACACGACGCGACGUAGGCCAUGGCGUACUCGUAUCUGCCCUCGUAUGCAGCUUCCUUUCUUGUAGUGCUUCUCGUUUUGCCUCUCAUGGCAGUGGCAUCCGCCGCCGCGCCCGUUGCCGAGCCGUCCUACGAGACCAAGUCCAUGGACCCCGGCCUCGCCCUCAUAACGCUGCCGCCGCCGGUGUCCGGCCCGGAGAGCCUUGCUUUCGACUGCCGCGGCGGCGGGCCCUACGCAGGAGUCUCCGACGGCCGCGUCUUCAAGUGGCGCGGCCGCCGCCUCGGCUGGACCGAGUUCGCGUACAACUCCAGACACAAGAGCGUGGGGAUGUGCGCGCCGAAGAAGAAGCUGGUGGUGCCGGAGAGCGUGUGCGGCCGGCCGCUGGGGCUGCAGUUCCACCACAAGUCGGGCGACCUGUACGUCGCCGACGCCUACCUGGGGCUGAUGAGGGUGCCGGCGCGUGGCGGGCUGGCGCAGGUGGUGGCGACGGAGGCCGGCGGCGUGCCGUUCAACUUCCUCAACGGCCUGGACGUCGACCAGAAGACCGGCGAAGUCUACUUCACGGACAGCAGCAGCACAUACCGAAGAAGCGAGUACCUACUGGUGGUGGCACUAGGCGACGAGACAGGGCGGCUGCUCCGGUACGACCCACGGACGCGCCGCGCCGUCGUGCUCCACGCCGACCUGUCCUACCCGAACGGCGUGGCCGUCAGCGCGGACGGGUCGCACGUCGUGGUGUCGCACACGGCGCUGUCCGAGCUGCGCCGGUACUGGGUGCGCGGGCCCAAGGCCGGCACGAACGAGACGUUCGCGGAGCUGCCGGGGUUCCCGGACAACGUGCGCUCGGACGGGCGGGGCAGGUACUGGGUGGCGCUGACACACGGUGGCGACGGCGGCGACGCCGCGCCGACGGUGGCCGUGAGGGUGGGCCGCGACGGCGCCGUGGAGGAGGCGCUGGGCGGGUUCAGCUUCGAGACGGUGAGCGAGGUGGGAGAGCGGAACGGCACGCUCUGGGUCGGCUCCGUCGACACGCCCUACGCCGGCGAGCUCAAAAGAUACUAGCGUAUUGCUGCGGCUUCUUAUCAUACUCCUAUAUACGAACGCCGAUUAUCAUUCUCAAUUCAUCGAUCGACGUUGAUCGAGUAUGUCCUCUGAACGAAUUGUACGCGACGCUUUUGUGAUUCAGUAGUACUAGUGUAAUGUGUGAACGUAAAGCGUAGCGCACAUGUGCAUGCGUACGGAUUCGCACUGAUGGCAUCAGUGUGUGUGGUUGCAAUGAAGUUAGAGCAUGUCUAAUAGAGCCUUCAAACCCUUAAAUCUAAAACUAAUUUUAAGUA